AUGAGGGGGAUUCGCUCAACAGAGCUUCCAGAAGACUUCUGGAUUCCCAUCCCUCUGGACACCAACAACAUCACGUCCCUCAGCCCGUACCUGGUUCCCCAAGACCACCUAGGGAGCCGGGCGCUCUUUUACUCCUUGUCGGCAUUUAUGUUCUUCCUAUUUGUGGCCGGCACAGCCAUCAAUACCCUCACUAUCGCAUGCACCGUUCUAUAUAAGAAGCUCCGAUCUCACCUGAACUACAUCCUGCUGAACUUGGCCGUGGCGAACCUCCUCGUGGCCUCCGUGGGCUCCUUCACCUGCUUCUACUGCUUCGCCUUCAGAUACAUGAUUCUUGGUCCUCUGGGGUGCAAGAUUGAAGGAUUCACAGCAACCGUCGGUGGUAUGGUGAGCCUGUGGUCUCUGGCUGUGGUGGCGUUUGAAAGAUGGCUGGUCAUCUGCAAGCCGCUCGGCAGCUUCAUCUUCAAGCCCUCCCACGCUGCGGCCUGCUGCGCAAUGACCUGGGUCUUUGCUUUGUUUGCUGCCGUUCCUCCUCUGGUUGGGUGGAGUAGGUACAUCCCAGAGGGCAUGCAGUGUUCCUGUGGACCGGACUGGUACACAACCAACAACAAAUACAACAACGAGUCCUACGUGAUGUUCCUCUUCUGCUUCUGCUUUUCCGUCCCUUUCUGCACCAUCAUUUUCUGCUACUCCCAGCUGCUUCGAAUGCUGAAAUCGGCAGUGAAGGCCCAGGAAGAGUCGGCCUCCACCCAGAAGGCGGAGCGGGAGGUGAGCAGGAUGGUGGUCAUCAUGGUGCUGGGCUUCCUGGUGUGCUGGAUGCCGUACGCCUCCUUCGCUCUCUGGGUGAUCAACAACCGCGGGCAUCCAUUCGACCUGAGACUGGCGACCAUACCCUCCUGUCUGUCGAAAGCCUCCACAGUCUACAACCCUCUUAUCUACAUCUUCCUCAAUAAACAGUUCUGCGAAUGCUUGAGGAAGAUGUUGGGCCUGAGUGCAGGCGAAGACGAGGAGUCAUCGAUGAGCCAAUCCGUCACUGAAGUCUCUAAAGUUGGACAUUCUUAG